AUGUUAGAUGGCUCCAGUGCAGCCAGGCUGGUGGCAGUCCUUCUGGGACUGCUGCUUGCCGCAAGCGCUGUACGUCAUUCCCGUCCUGACAUGCUGCAGCCUGACGAGGAUGUGGACGUCUUAGAUUCUGGCAAGUUGGUGCUGAGUGAGACAGAUGCCUCCCUUCUGGAAGCGCGCUCAGAACAGUGCUUUGGCUUCCCGGUUUCGGGAGAGGCAGUCGUGGACCAGAGCACACCUGUGGAGAGCAACUGCACAUGGCGCGGAGAGCGUGGGCUGAAAGUGGUUCUCAGAGCGCCGUUGACUUUCAAAGGCAGCCUGCUCCUGAACGGCGAGUUGCACAUCACGGCUGAAGCGGAGAUGAAUGAACCCUGCAUUACCGUGCUUGGGGAGCUGGUGGUGGACGGGCAUGUCAGCUUCUCUUCCUGCGUCAACAAACAACCGUGGAACAAAGGUGGGGCCAUCCACACAAGUGGCGACCUGUCGAUUUCUGCUGGCAGCACCCUCGAGUUUGACAACUGUUACGCGUGGGACGGUGGCGGCUUCAGUGUUUCCGGAAGCUUACAUCAAGGCGACCGCAGUCUUGUGCGUCUCCAUAGCUGCCGGGCCAGGUAUAGCGGCGGUAGCUUGCAGGUUCUGAACGAUUUCAACCAAGGCUUGGGUGCUGUUCUCCAUGUGGAGAACAGCACAGCACUGGACGGCGGGUGCGCAUGGAUUUCCGGACAUUUGCGUCAAGACGACGAUAGCUCUGCGUACUUCAGGAGCUGCCAAGCCGGAGAAAACGGGGGUGGUCUGUAUGUGGGCUCAGUGACCCAAAGCGUGAACGCCCAGCUUCAGGCAAAAGACUGCGCGGCAGGAUCAGGUGGCGGCCUGCGCAUUCGCAACAACUUCGCACAAGGCUUUAAUGCCACGCUCCAUGUGGAAGACUGCACAGCUCGACAGACGGGUGGCGGGGUCUCUGUUCUAGGAGGGUUUUAUCAAGGCGUGCACAGCUCGGCGCGGUUGACGAACUGCAGGGCGUUGAAGGCCGGAGGUGGUGUGUCCGUCGAACAAGAAUUUCUUCAAGGUAUGCAUAGUUCCGUGCAGUUUGCGAAUUGCACAGCAGGGGAGACUGGUGGUGGCCUUAAUGUUCUCGGAGAUCUCAUCCAGGUUUUCGAUUCUUCCCUUCAUGCGGAGAACUGCCUAGCAGGAACGAGUGGCGGCGGCGUCGCCGUCAAAGGAGAUUUUUUUCAAAACGUGCAUAGCUCGGCGAGGUUUGUGAGCUGCACUGCAGAGGAGACUGGUGGAGGACUCUACGUCACCAACUUUUCUCAAGAGAACGAAAGCUACGUUGAGUUUAAGAAUUGCACCGCUGUUCGACAUGGUGGUGGCCUCUAUGCUCGGGACACCUUUGCUCAGAGAGCCGGUGGUCGGAGUCACUUCACGGGAUGCACAUCGUUGCAGCAAGGUGGCGGAGGCCUCGCAACACUUAUGCUAGCCUCGAGCGGCUCCAUGCAUUUUAGUUCGUGCUAUGCUGAAGCAGGAGGCGGGCUCUACAUCGCAGAAGGUGGACGCAUUCAGUGCGCAGGUUCUCUGCUUUUGCAGGACUGCUCAGCCAAAACAUUUGCCGGUGGAAUGCUAAGUCACGCUCCUGGAGAAGGAGCCAUUGCAAGUCUGCGCGUUGAGGGCUGCAGGGCCUUAAAAGCUUCGGCGCUUCUGAUGACCGUCAUCGCAUCAGACCUGCAUCUCAAGGAACUGUACCUGAUGGAUAACACGGCAAGCGAUCACAUUGAUAUUAGCACGCUGGGCGGCCUGACAGUUGGGGCCGCGCAGCUUCAUUCUCGACAGGGUCGUGGUGUCCAAAUCGUCGCGGAACAGUCUUUGCAUCUUGAAGAUGUGAUGGACUGCACCAGCGUCGCUCGAUGCAGCUUCUCCUCAAAGGAAUUCGAUGUCACUGGAUUUCGGUGCCCCAUCGGCACGGGAGCGAGGGCCAUCUUGAAUGCAGCUGUUCGAGGAUGCUUGGAUUGCACCGAGGGCUACACACAGGUCAUCCAGGGCAACAACGGGUCGUGUCAGCGAUGUCCUGACCAAGCAAGCCAGUGCUUCGCCAGCCACUUUAGGAUGGACAAUGGUGCGAUGGUGCAAACGACGAAUAUCAGCCGCAGCUUCCGUUGCCCAAACGAGGCCGCAUGCCCCGGUGGUGACAUGCCGCAUGGAGCCCUGAUGUGUGCAGAAGGCUACGAUGGCACAGGCUGCGCUAUGUGCGGGGAGGGUCAUGCGAUGGCAGACCGCAGCGUCCUCUCGUGUUCCCGCUGCAGCGACGAGAGACACGUCCGGGCAAUUCAGUGGAUGCUCUUCCUCUCCCAGCGUGCGAUUCUCUUCGCUGUCACGUCCAUGAGCGCGAUGCGUGCCAAAAGCACUGGCGACUUGAAGAACAGCAGCAUCUGGUUGAACCAGAUGAUGGCCUUUGCGACCAUCUCCAGCAUGAUUUUGACGGCGGUUAUGCAGACUGAAACGGCAAAGGAUAUGAAGAGCACAGCAAUCACUUUCUUGGUUGGCGCUGCCAGGGGCGUGGCAGAAUUUGGGUCAGGUGAGGGUUCCCUGGGGACCGCCUCACAGUGUCUGCUGGUGUACAUUGGCUUGGAGCCGACCCUGUGGGGUUCUCACCUGUUGGACGUCGCAGUGGCGACGCUUUUCACGGCAGUGGUAUCAUUGGCAACAGACAGCCGCCUUGCUCUCAUAGCUGGAAUGAACUGCUUCUUGCCCGGCAUCAUAGCGGACUUCGGCAAGUACAUGGUCUGCUACCGCUUAGAGCCAGCGCCUGAACUGCCCGUUUCUACCAGAUGGUGCCAAAGGCAUCGGAUUUGGCCAGGUGUCUGCUGCUCUCCUCCUCUUUGUAGCCGCCGCCAUUUGGGGAUGGAUCCGACUCUCCAGCUCAACGGAGGAUCCUCCCCCACGUCAUGUGGUCUUCCUGAGGAGCAAGUACAAAGAGACGUAUGCCCUGUUUGA